UGAUCCCUCCCUUCAAUCUCUCAAAUCCAACUCACUCAAAUAUCUCUCUCUCACUUCUUUCUCUCUCUAGAUUCAUUGAAAAAAUGGAGAAGCUUAAAGUGCUAUCAGUUUUGUUUCUCUCAAUGUGCCAAGCUGCUUUGUCUUAUACAGAUGGUUUAUUACCCAAUGGAGACUUUGAAGUAGGACCAAAAGCCUCACAAAUUAAGGGCACAGUAGUAACAACCCACGACGGAAUUCCAAAUUGGACAAUCUCAGGUUACGUAGAAUACAUAAAAUCAGGACAAAAACAAGGUGACAUGCUUUUGGUUGUACCAGAAGGUGCUUAUGCUGUUAGGCUUGGUAAUGAAGCUUAUAUUAAGCAAAAAGUGAAGCUUAAUAAAGGUUCAACUUACUCAAUCACGUUUAGUGCAGCACGUACUUGUGCACAAGAAGAGAAACUUAAUGUGUCUGUGGUUCCUACUAAUGAGAAAAGUGAUUAUGGUAUUAUUCCAAUUCAAACUAUGUAUGGUAGUAAUGGUUGGGAAUCUUUUGCUUGUGGGUUUAGAGCUGAUUUUCCAGAAGGUGAAAUUGUGAUACAUAAUUCUGGUGUUGAAGAGGAUCCUGCUUGUGGUCCUCUUAUUGAUUCAGUUGCUUUGAAGGUUUUGAAUCCACCACAAAGAACCAGAGCAAAUUUGUUGAAAAAUGGAAACUUUGAAGAAGGACCCUAUGUGUUCCCAAAUGCAUCUUGGGGAGUAUUGAUCCCACCUCACAUUGAGGAUGCUCAUGGUCCAUUACCUGGAUGGAUAGUUGAGUCUCUCAAAGCAGUAAAAUACAUUGAUUCAGAUCAUUUCUCAGUCCCUGAGGGAAAAAGAGGAAUUGAGCUAGUUGCAGGAAAAGAAAGUGCACUUGCACAAGUUGUGAUGACUACAAUUGGAAAAGUUUAUGUGCUCACUUUUGCUGUUGGUGAUGCCAAUAAUGCAUGUGAAGGUUCCAUGACAGUAGAAGCAUUUGCAGGUAGAAAUACAGUUCAAGUUCCAUAUCAAUCUAAGGGUAAAGGAGGUUUUAAAAGAGGCAAACUUCGAUUUACCGCAACAACGACCCGUACUAGGAUUAGGUUCCUAAGUACAUUUUACACCAUGAAGAAUGAUAACUCUGGUUCUCUUUGUGGACCUGUUAUAGAUGAUGUGAAAUUGCUUAGUGUUCGGUAUCCCAAAAACCGCAUUUAAGCACAUCUAAUGCAAUAAUGCAAAUCAAAAUGUAUGCUACAUGUUUCGUUGAAUCAGUUCAGUUGUUAGCUGUGCAGGAACAUCAGAUACAAGGAAAUGUAUGCUCCCUCGUCCAUUUCGUUGAGUAUUUAUAUUACUAUAUUAUAGAGUUGAUUCUUGUAAUAAUAUAGUUAGGAGGAAGUACUAUUGAGUGAGUUUACAAAGUCUUAUGUAUUUGCAUAUCAAAUCUACAUCAACAAUAUAAACAAAUGAGAAGUAUUUCAAUA